AUGUCUGAUUCUAACAAUGAAGAAGAUUUGAACUUCAACGAGCUGAUUGGGAACCUGCUCAGUUCUCAUAAUGAGCAGGAACACCAUGUGGAGCUGCCGGAGUUUAACAAUAACGACGAUGACUUAGUAGACGCCGUCGCGAAUGCAAUACAAGAUAUCGACGAGUUGCCACAACAUGAUAAUAAUAAUAACGUGAAUAAUAAUAACAAUAAUGAAAAUACCACUGCUAUUACUACUACUGCUAAUAAUAGCAAUGACAGCAAUAGCAAUAAUAAUAACGAUAAUGACGACGAUGGCCAAGAGCAAGAGUGGGCUCAGCUGUUACAAAACGGUCUGUUAAAUGAAGAAAAUAGUAAUGAACAAUUGGACCAGGAUGAUGAAAAUCUAAGGAAAGCUAUUUUGGAAUCCCUACAAGGUCUAAGUACUACUGAAGCUCCAUCAAAGCCUGCAAAAAAAUCGAAAAAGAAAAAGAAGAAGCAUCGUAAAGUAAAGGAACCUCAGCCAGAUAAUAACGAUGAUGACACACAGGCACUGGUUGAAGCCACGCUAAAAGCUUUUGAAAAAGAAUUAAUGGCAAGCUCAGAACAAGCCAAGCCAAAAAAGAAGAAGAAGAAAGCACCAGAAAAACCGAAAAUUACUAUAGACCCUUCUGAACUACCUGAUGCCUCUUAUUUCAGACCUUCAAAUAAGCCAAAGAAACCAAAGAAGAAGAGAGCACCAAAGAAGACUCCUCCCGCUGCCCAGGAUGACGAAUUUUCAAAGGUUUUAGCUGACAUGGUGAAUCAAGUAGUUAAUACUUCUUUGAAUGACGAAUCUACUGCACCUACUAAUGAACCACCUAAUGAAGAACCAUUUGAUUUAAAUCAAAUUAUGCAAAACGCUAUGGCCAUAGCCUUUCAGGAACAACCCCAUGAUAAGGCUGUUGAUUCUAGUGUUAUGGAGGAAUUCAAUAAAGGUCUGCAGAAUUUGAACGUCCCAGAAGUGUUGUCGAAACCAACUUCCAAGAAAUCGAGGAAGAAAAAAUCAACAAGCACAAAGAAGAAGGAUAGAGAGGUUGUUAUCAAGGAUAUUGAAGUUAAAACGAAAGUCAAGCCGGUCAAGGAGCCAAAAGAACCAGCUAAAAAACCACAAUUGAAGGUAAAACCAAAGUUGCCUGAAAAAGCGGUAUUGAAAAAAAUUUAUUUAAGAACAGUUAAAGAGGUUGCCAACAUUUCCAAGAGGAAAAUAAUAAAACAGAAUAAGUUGAAGAGACAAACACUUAAAAAUGAGCUACAAAAAAUACGUGAAGAGAAAAAAGCGUUGAAGAAACAAGCAAAGGAAAAAAUUGAGAGUGAAAGAAAAGAACUGGAGGAAAUUGUAGCACGCGGUCCACCUUAUCCCCAUGAUCUAAGAGUAACCAAAAAGGGGAAACCAAAAAAACCUUAUAGAAGAUGGACACCCGAAGAGUUGAUUAAGAGGAAAGAGAAAGAAGAAUUAGAAAAGCAGAAAGAAGCUCUGAAACCAAAGAAGCAAAAGAAAGUAAGUAAGAAGAAGACCAAAAAAUUGAAGAAAGUUCCAUUGUCUAAACUAAAGAAAAUUCCUUUGUUCAAUGGAACUUCAAACUCUUCAUUACAGCCAAAAUUAGAGGAGGCGUUGACAAAACUUGCAUCUCAACAUAAUAUCCGGGAUAUUGCUGGAACAAUUAUGCAGCUUCCCAUUUCACAAAAUCAUAAAAUCAAUUCUAUGAAAACUAUAGAAGUCAAGAACGAGCAAAACGAAGAAAAUAGAAUUGGACUUCAUCCUCCUUGGAUGCUACCAUUAUACCCCCCUCUUUCUUUACCGCCAACUGUAACGAAAGCGCCUAGACAAUCUAUCCCAUCUAAAUCGCAAGACCUUUCUUUCACGAAUAGAUUGAUGCCAUCAAUACUUGCCCCAAUCAUUAACACAUUGAAAAUUGCUGCCAGAAAUAAGGUGAACAACGGUGCCUCACCUGAGGAGACAACCAGACAUUUAAUGACAAUAUUGGAACACACAAAAAAAUCCAUAGCAUCAUCAUUGCUCAGCGCUAGAAAGAAAAAUAGCCAGAUGGCAACAGCGCCAAAAGCGGAUGUACCAAGCAUACCAAUUUUCACCUUGGCUAGGGCACCUGUAAAGUCAGGGAACGAAACCGUUGCGACAAAAGCGCCUGCCUCUAAUGAUGUCUCAAUUACAGAUAAUAGAGAAAAGAGCGAGCCCAUUUCGGUCUCUCAAAAGGUUUCAGAGAGCAAUAAGAUCGAAUCAGAACAAGGAGAAAAUUCUCAUACAUCUAGUGAUAGAGAGCAUCUGUCAAGUUCAAAUGAUGCUGGUAAUCCGAUCCUGGUUGAAGACGAAAAUGCUGAAAAUUCAGAAACUCAAUCAAAUAUUGCCGCAGGCUUCGAUAAUCAAGCGAAGAAGGAAACUGAAAUAAAACAGCAGAUAUCUAUAUCAAACACUGAAGAUAAUUCAAGGGAUACAAAACAAGGUAUUGCUUCGAAAGAAGACCCUUGGCAUGAUAAUAUUGGAAAGAUAGUGCCCACCAAAGAAAUUGUAAGGAUUAAGGAUGAAAAUAUGGAUGAAGGCGCUCCCAAAGUCAUGGGUUUGAUAAACAUACCAUUGAAGCCUACUGACCUGGAGACAAAAGCUAAAACAGCACCCACCAUUAAGGUAGAAAAUAUUGUAGAAACAUUAGUGAAACAGCAAUUUAAUGUAGAUGUCACUGCUGGUGCUGAUAGUGACUCUAAAAUUGAUGGGAAGACCGCUUCAAAUAUUAGCAACAUUAUCACAUCAACAAUUAAAGAUUUAAUUCCCAAAUUAGAUAACGAAAAAUCCGUCACAAAACCUAUAGAACGUAAGGUAAGACUGAACAAGGUCUUGAACCUAGAUGGACUCGUGCCUCCUGUUCCAAUUACAAAAAUAGAGCCUGUACCUAUUCCUUUACAAAUAAUUCCUAAGAAAAAGGAAGCCCCAAAUAAGGUUAAUAAACCUUCAAAAAACAAAAAGAUGAAACCUUACAAUGAAAAAUCACCAAGUAUGCUACUAUACUCCUUUAGUGUACCUAAUGUAGGCUUCAGACGAUUAGCCCUUCUAAAGAGAGCCAAAAAGCAUUUGACAGAAGAUGAGUUGGUUAUCUUGAACAAAGAAUUGGGAAAGGCAAGAAAAAGAAAGUGGAGGGAAGCAAAUGUUAUAAGAAAUUGGGUGCAUGAUCUACGUUCAAGAUUGAGAAAGAAUGCCAGUGCUUUAUUUGAUAGCGACAAAGAAGCCGAAAAAAAUCAAUGGAUCGAAGAAAACUUCAAGAAAAAAUGUUUGGAAAGUGAAUUCAGCCAGGAAGAUCUAGCCCAAAGCAAUGCAAGUGAUGACACCAAGAAUAAUAAUACUUCAUCUACGACACAAGUGACCGAAAAUGAGUUUUUAAAUAUAAUUGCGGUCACACUGAACAAAUUAGAUGUAGCGCGUGCUAUCGAAGCUGAAGUAAAUGCUGAAGUCAUUAAAAGGGAAGCUACUCCCACAGAUAGGCCUACGAAGAAGAGAAAAUUGAGUGCUAAAAAUCCUCCGGCUAACGAUAAUAAUACUAAUAUUAGGCAGUUGACAAAUAUUGAGGUCAACAUUUAA